AUGAAGAAAAUGACCAAAAAGUUAUCGUCUAAGUACGUGAAGCUCCGCAAGAGCCGGCUCCGGCAAGAGGGGUCUAUGAAGUCGGAGGACGGUGGAGAGAUUUUCCAGGAAACUCACUCGUCGGAAAAUGAAGAAAAUAAUGAAACAAAGGAGACACCUAAAGUUACUAAGAUUAUAGAGUCCAUGCAUCGUAAGCUGAUGUUAAAAGAGAAAGGAAAUAAAAAGAAUAACCACGUGGACGAUCAAGAUCAAUCCCAGAGGUCUGAACGCUCGGUUAGGAAUGGUGGCCGUGAUAGCAUGGACGACCAGCUUGAAGGUUCGGUUAAAAACAUGAACCGUAGUGAUAUGGAACAGCUUGAAGGUUCGGUUAGAACUAGUCAUAUGGAUCAUCUUGAAGAUUUGAUUAGAGGUCGUAUGGACAAUACUGAUGGUUCCAUUAAGAAAGGUGUUCGUGACCGUGUGGACCAACCCGAAGAAUCAAACAUAAACGGUCAGAAAUCUCAGGUUGAAAACGUUACACCUAAAGCAAGCGGUCAAGUAGAUCAAUCAGAAGAAUCAACUAAUAGUCCUUCUGAUUUUGCUUCUAAAAAAGAUUAUCUUGAUUGGAUUGAAUAUGUUGAAGGCUCUAGUCAUCAUUGUUUCGAUCGAUCUGAAAAUCAUGAAAAGCCUUAUAGGAAUAAUGACAUGGACCAUGAUCAGAUAAGCGUUGGAAUGUCGGAAGGAUCCAUAGAGGGGAAUAACGAUGAGAUGUUAUUACUCAAGAGCUCUAAGUAUAGAAAAAUGAAAUCUGAAGAUUCCAAAGGUUAUAAGAAAGGAAAAGGUAGUAAGGUCAAAGAUUCAUUGACGAGUCAAAUGGUUGACUAA